CUGUUGUGUAAAAUCUGGGCAGGGGUUUCCAUAGCAUUUAUUCACUCACACGGGGUUUUUUUGGAGGAUGGAUGGUUACAAGUCCGACUGCUGAUAACGAGGUUUCUCUAUUUUUUAUGUUUGUUUGAUGGGUUUACUGGGAGUUUUAACGUCAUGGUUUGUCUGUCUGUCGUUUGCUUGACGAAUCGCGAACUAGGUACUCUAGCCCGAGUGAUAUACCGUAUGAUGUCUUAAUCAAUGAAUGACAUGACGUUCCUGCAUGCGGGCAAAGCUAGCUAAUUCCAAUCCGAACCUCAACCCCACCACCGCCCUCACGCACGCACAUCCGCAAUGCCACCACGAAUCCCCCCCAUCCGCACCCUCCUGCGCUCCUGCAGCAAUUACCAAUCGCCGCUCCGAUCGCUCCUCCAGCAGCAGCAAAAACAACAGCUCUACAUCAAAAAUGCCGUGCGCCUGUCGUCGACCUCACCAGCUGCUCCCCCGAAGCCGUCCACACCCACCCCUCCAGCACCUCCCCCACCAACAGCGCCCAAAUCCCGCCCACCACCCGUCGACCACGUCCCACUCACGGAGAAAGAAUUCCGAGCGGCGCGUCCCCCGCAGCUGAUCCGACCAAUCGGAUUAAUGUCGCCUCCACAGCCCGGCGAGAACAGCGGGGUCGACACGCGGUCAUGGCAGCAGCGGCGCGACGACUUCGUCGACUAUGAGAAGCACCUCUUGAAGCGGCAGCGGCUGGCGAACGAAAUGGCCACGCCGUACUUCCGCGAUUUCUCCCGCAUGUCAAAACAGUUUAAGGGCAAGAGCUGGUUUGCUCCAAACUUACUGUUUAGGGCGGAUAAGGCGCUGUUUUUUCCGAAUCUUAUGGGAAGAACGCUUAAUACGGGGGAGAGACUGAAUACGACGCUCGCGCUGUAUGGCAGGGUGAGUGUCGUCACGGUGUUCUCGUCGAUGUGGGCGGAGAAUCAGGUUAAGAGCUUUGUGGAGGGGCUGGAGAGCGAGGUGCCUGCCAUGACGAUCGACGGCGGCGAGAAGGCGCAGAGAAUCGAUAUCAAUGUCGAGGAGAAUUGGCUCAAGGCCCUGAUGGUCAAGAUGUUUAUCCCACGGCUCCAGGCUAGGUUGCCGCUCGAGCAGCAUGAUCGCUACUUCAUCGUCACUAAGGGCGUCUCGAAGGAUGUCAGGCAUGAUAUGGGCCUGUGGAAUAGCCGCGUGGGCUAUGUCUACCUCGUCGAUUGGAACUGUAGGAUUCGCUGGGCUGGGUCCGGAGUGGCCGAGCCCGAGGAGAGGGCCGCGCUUGUAAAGGGCCUGCGGAAGUUGGUGGAGGAUCAUCAGAAGUUGAAGCUUGCGGGUGAGGAGUAGGGAGUGGAGAGGUGGUUGUAUGAUAUUCUGUGUAUAUUAGGCGAGCUUAGAUGGAUAGAUCUAGAGCAGCAUCGUGGAGUGAAGGCAAAGCGAGACGAACUAUUGAUAUCGUACACCAUACAGCAAAGCACCAAGCAAGCAAGCAAACGCCGAAACAGUAAUACAACACUAUUCGAUCAAUCAAUACUACAAGGAGGAACUCA